UCUUGAACCCACCACCACUUUCAAAAUUACCAAAAAAACAAAACUUUAUUAUUUUACAAAAGUAUAACCAAAAGAACACAUGGAACCAACAGAUUUGCAACAAAAUAAUAAUAAUAAACAACACAAAAACAACAAUACUAGUAACAACAACACAACUAGUAAUAAUAGUAGCCCCUCACAACCCCACAACCAUCACCACCCUCACCACCAUCUAACCCACCACCAGUCCAUGGUGGUCCCAUUUGAAAACCGAUCUGUUAGUGUUACCCCAUUCAUGGGCUCCAUUUCAAAUUCUAGUAAUCAAAUUAGUAUGGUCAAUACUAAUACUAGCACUAGUAUUGGUGCCACUACUACAUCUAGUUUAUCUUCACCUUCUAAUAAUAAUAAUAAUAAUAACCAUCAGUCACCACCGGUUGAUGCUUCUCUUGCUAUUGCUACUAGAUCUGAGGAUAUUGUCCCAAAAGAAAACCCACCUCCAAAAAGGUCAACAAAAGACCGGCAUACGAAAGUCGACGGCCGUGGCCGUCGAAUUCGAAUGCCGGCCACUUGUGCCGCAAGGGUUUUUCAGCUGACCCGUGAAUUGGGUCAUAAAUCUGAUGGUGAAACUAUUGAGUGGUUGUUACAACAAGCUGAACCAGCUAUUAUCGCUGCUACCGGGACCGGAACGAUCCCUGCUAACUUCUCGACUUUAAAUGUGUCGUUACGUAGCAGUGGAUCUAGUCUUUCGGUCCCGGCUUCAAAGUCGGCGCCCCAUCAAUUUCAUGGGGCGCUGGCACUUUCACACCAUCCUUUCGAUCAAGAAGGGUUUUCUCAAAUGAUGGGGUUUCAUCCACAUCAUCAAAACCCGCAUAUCUUGACCGCCGAUCAAAUUGCGGAAGCAAUUUCGACCGGCGGUGGAGAUUCAACAAAUAAUUAUAUGAGAAAAAGGUACCGAGAAGAUUUGUUUAAAGAGGAAAGCAAUCAAACCCAACAAGAAGAAAAUGUAACAAUUGGGUCUUCAUCACAUUCACCAACAAAUAAACAUUUCAAAGGAGGUAUGGAACAACAGGAAACCGGGGGGUCGAGUUCUGGUAACAAUAUGUUGCGGCAUCAUGGUAAUAUGAUGCCAACAACCGCUCACAUGUGGGCGGUUGCCCCAGCGCCCACAAAUGCUACCGGCAACACGUUGUGGAUGUUACCUGUAUCCACAACGGUUGCCAGUCCAGGCUCGGGCGCAACAUCUGCGCCCGAGUCUCAACACCACCAACAGAUGUGGCCGUUCCCGACCGGGUCCGGAAAUACACUUCAAGCACCAUUGCAUUUUCUUCAAAGUAACCCAACAUUUCAACAAAAUUCAAGAGGGAAUUCAUUGCAACUUGGGUCAAUGCUAAUGCAACAACAACAGCAACAACCACCAUCACAACAUUUGGGUUUAGGAAUGAGUGACAGUAAUAAUUUAGGGAUGUUGGCAGCACUAAAUGCUUAUUCACGAGGUGGUCUAAAUAUGAAUUCAGACCAAAAUCAAAAUCAAAAUCAUUCCCUAGAUCACCACCAACAACAUCAUUCACAAAAUACUGACAGUGGUGAUGAAGACCAAAAUGAUUCUACAUGAAAGAGAUUUUGAUAUGAUGUGUUGAGUGAUUGGAUUGGAUUGGAUUAAACACGAUGAAUGAAUCAAGAUUGAAGUCAAGAAAAUGAAAAGGUAUAUGGUUUGGGUUUCCUUCAUUUAAUUAUCAUCUUGUUUUUAAAUAUUUAUUAAGUAGUGUUUUUUUAGUUUUUGGGAAAUUAUGAGUUGAUUGUGGUGAAAUGUAAUUUGGUAGGUUUGAUGGAAAGGGAUAGUAAGGAAAUUGAAGAGAGAUUGUAUAGAAUAGAAGGAAAUAUUGAUUUGUGGUUAUUUAGUAGUAUUAAAAAUUAUUAAUUUGGUUUGUUAA